AAGCUGCCCCGCCGCUGCCAUCGGAGCACCCCGAGCCUGGGCCCGCCCCGCGGGCCCUGCUGGAGGCGGGGCGGGACCCCCGAAUCCCGCGGUCGAAAUAGGGGGAGGGCUUAAGCGGUCCCUCCCCCAGGUGGCCGGCGCCUGCCGACCAUCCCGCCGUGCCACGCCGCCUGCGAGUCUUUUUUCAGAGUCUGAAGAGCUUGAGACACACUAGCCAGCUUCCCACUGCUCCUCUGCGGCAGCGUCUCGUUUUCAGCUUUCAGGUUAACUGAAAUCUGCAAACAUUCUCUGCUGCAAGAAAAAGAGGGUGAUGUCAUCAGAAGAUGAUGCUGGCGGGGAGGCUCCUGGGGGCAGUUUCUGGGAGGCUGGGAACUACAAGCGGACAGUGAAACGUGUGGAUGAUGGCUACCGGCUCUGCAAUGACCUUAUCUCCUGCUUCCAGGAGCGAGCCAAGAUAGAGAAGAACUAUGCCCAGCAGCUAACAGAAUGGUCCCGUAAGUGGAGGACCAAUGUGGAGAGAGGUCCGCAGUAUGGUACUCUGGAAAAGGCCUGGCAUGCCUUCCUGACAGCUGCAGACAAACUGAGUGAAAUUCACUUGGCUGUCCGGAACCACCUGGCUGGUGAAGAUUCCGAUAAGAUCAAGGCCUGGCAGAAGGAGGCCUACCACAAGCAGAUGAUUGGCGGCUUCAAGGAAACAAAGGACGCAGAGGAUGGGUUCCGCAAGGCCCAGAAACCCUGGGUGAAGAAGAUGAAAGAUGUGGAGACUUCUAAGAAAAACUAUCAUGCAGCCCGGAAGGAGGAGAAAACGGCCCAUACAAGGGAGAACCAUGCCAAGGCAGACUCGUCUGUCUCACAGGAGCAGAUGCGCAAGUUGCAGGAGCGUGUAGAGAAGUGCACUCAGGAGGCUGAGAAGUGCAAGGAUCAGUAUGAGAAGAUGCUGGAAGAAUUGAAUCGCUACAAUCCCCGCUACAUGGAGGACAUGGAGCAAGUGUUUGAGGGCUGUCAGGAGGCAGAGCGCAAGCGAUUGUGCUUCUUUAAGGAGAUGCUUCUGAAUCUGCACCAGCAUCUCAACCUCUCCACCAGUGAAAGCUUUCAUGCAUUGUAUCGGGAUCUCCACCAAGUCAUCAUGGCUGCAGACAACCAGGAGGACCUGAAGUGGUGGCGCAACACUCAUGGACCGGGCAUGGCGAUGAAUUGGCCUCAGUUUGAGGAAUGGUCCCUUGAAACACAGAGGCAAAUCACCAAGAAGGAGAAGAGUGGCAAGAUGGCUGAUGAUGUCACACUGACUAGCAUUUUGCCUACACGAGAUGGUGUUGUCUCACAGACCCCUCUGCAGACAAGGUUUUCCUAUCAAGAGGAGCAGAACAGCCUCUUCUAUGACACCCUGAAGGCACCAACCCAUGUGAACGGAGGGAAGGAAGACAUUUCGGAGUGGUCAGAUGAAGACACUCCCAAGAAGUGCCUGGAUGCCAACGGGCAUGAGGAAGACCUAAAGGUACCAGGUGUACGGGUACGAGCACUCUAUGAUUACACGGGACAGGAGGCUGAUGAGCUGAGCUUUAAAGCAGGUGAAGAACUAAUGAAGAUUAGUGAGGAAGAUGAGCAGGGCUGGUGCAAAGGCCAACUUCUCACUGGUCAAGUUGGACUCUAUCCUGCUAAUUAUGUUGAGAAGGUUGGAUCAUGAUUGCUGCUGCCCCACCAGUGCCUCACAGCCAUACCAGCAUCUCCUGCAGAGGUCACUGGGUCACUCCUGGCCCCCACCCACCUUUGCAGUAUAUCCAGCAGCUUCUGGACUUUAAAGGCACAUAUUCCAUGUAACUAAUGCUUCAUUUAAACAUCUAGAUCUGUAGGGAUUUUCUAAAAAAUAAACAAGGAUGAAUAAAGACUUUUCUGAGCACUACAGUAGUGUAGGAGUGCAGAAAGAAACAGAUCCUUUUGACUUGCACUGAGUGAAAGGAGGUAAGUGUUUUCAUGGAGCUCUAUAAAAGAGAGAAAGCAUACUUCCUUGACUUCAGUGCACAUGCAUCCAUAGUGCAUUGGGUGUUGAGGUCUGCCCUGCCUCCAGGCUUCUUGUUCAAUGAAUUUUUGAUAUGCAGUGUAAUAGGGAACUUCUACUAUUGUUUCCCCUUUUUAGCUCCAUCAAGCUGACUGGCAGAAAGGUCUCUCUUCUUGCAUGUAUUUUAUAAGUUUUCAUUAUCCCUCACCUGCAAGCUUGUUGGCUUCCCUGAUAAGGCAGCUGGUAAAAGUUACACAGCUACAACCUGAACAUCCCUUUUCACUGUCCUCAUUUUUAUUGGGAUAACCCCAGGAAUGAAUGAUGGUAUAGCUGAGGCCCAGGAGAAAGAAGCUUCUGUCUUGCAUGGUGUGGCUGUUCAGGCUAAUGAGUUCUGAACAGACCUGUUGUGCAGCAAGUUGGAGUUGACUGAAUGUUGCCUGAACUAGAAUGGUCUUUGACACAUGCUGAAGGCUGGUUUUAACAAAAUGACAGCCAUGUUCCAGUGCUGUUCUGCUUAGGAUUCCUAAAUUCACUUCUGUAUGUUGGGGUUUCUAAAGCAUCUAGAUUAUUUUGGCUGCACCUCUCUUCAAGAGCACUUAGUCCACAGCAGAGACCCUCUUUUUUUCCUUUCCAGUAUCUUCUUGACUUACACAGGGCUAGAAGUGCACUCCCUGCUUUGCCAAAGACCCCUGCACUGUGAUGAGGGUUGCACUGUGGAAGUUGCCUGCUGGCUAGCACAAAUUACCUAUAGAGGGAUAACUCCCCUUUUUAUCCUGAAUUGCUGCAAGUGCACUUAUGCCUAGUUAAGUGCCAUUCAGCAGGGAGGAUGUGUCCAACAUCCUUAUCUCACCUGUCCUCAUGCCUUUGAAAGCCUGUGAGGCUGCUGGGAAGACCUGAUCCUAGUGCUCUGCAUAUUCCAACAUAGGGACUGAUUAGCCCAAGAGCUUGAGGGAACAAAAAACUGGAAAAUCUCCCAUUGCCAGAGAAACAAAGGCAAACAAGCAGUUGCUUAAAAAUGGCUUACUUAGUACAUCUGCUUGAAACUGCUGCUGAAAUGCAUUUUGAGUUUGUAGUAACCUUCUGUAGUGAUAUUCUUAUUCUGGCCAGUGUGAGUGACCUGGCUCAGUCAGACUCACAGAACUCAGCUGAGCCUCCAUCAACCACUUGGGGUGAACUGCUUCAGAGCUGUUUGGAAAAAGGGUGCUGCACAUAAGAAAGGCUGAAGUCAUGGGUGAACAUCAGGAUUAAAUGGCCAAUAUUGUGUUAACAGUAGCUAGUAAACCGUAAUGUAGACUGAAACAGAGGAGGGGAUAGACAUAUUCAAACACUUAAUUUAUGAAGAUUAAAGUAUCACAAAUAUCUC